ACGGGUGGAAUACAGACUGAAAUCUCUCUCACCUGCGCAGCCCUCCCUCGAUACAGACCUUCCUGCCUCCGAUUUCGGUUGAAUUGGCCAAGUCCCGCAAAAGAAACAAAACGAUUGGAGACACAAGCCCCGCGAGAGACCUGGCUCCGUCCCCCGCGCGACCAAAAGCUUCAGGAGGCGGCGGCGGCGGCGGCGGUCGGCGGCGCAGCAGGUAUUAGUUAAUCAUGGUGUUCAGCAAGGUGGAAGUGAACCUGAAAAGGCUGCUUGAGGCGGCCCCCCGCCAGCAGAAUCAGGCUAAGCUUGUCCAUUACAUAACCACAGCCAGGGAGCUGUUGGAGCAGCUUGGAGCUGAAAUUACACCAGAAGGAAUAUCAAGUAUUUCAAAAGCUAAGCUGAGUGAGUAUUCAGAAAAGAUUGAAGCACUAGCUGCCACGCUUGCUUCUCUAGUGCCAGAAAAUGAAAAUCUGGUUGAUCAGAGUAGAGAGCAAGACAACUCUUAUGAAAGAGAAAGAGAAAAGGUUGGGAGUCCAAUAUCCUUAUCAUCAGGAUUGCGAAGGAGAUCGACGGCUCAGAUGGAGGUUGGACCAAGCAGUCAUGAAAGAAAAGAAAAAGACACUGGAGCACCUAUUAAAUUGGAUGCAGAAGCUCAGGCUCAUAUUGAGAAGCAUAGGAAGCUGCAAGAAGAUCUGACUGACGAAAUGGUUGACUUAGCACGCCAGCUGAAGGAGAGUAGCCUUUUAAUGAACCAAUCCGUGCAAGAUACAGAGAAGAUCCUCGAUUCCACCGAGAGAGCCGUGGAGCAUAGCCUGGCGAGCACUGGUCGUGCAACGGCGCGAGCCUCGGAGGUCUACUCGCUGGCCUCCAAGACAACCUGCUUCCAGUGGUUGCUCAUCUUUCUGAUGACCUGCAUGUUUGUCAUGGUGGUUCUGCUCAUACGGAUCACCUGAUAUCGCCAUGGCGUGUCACCAGUAGCCGUUAAGAUAGUACUGCAGUCUUGUAAACAGUCCUUUUACGAAGAUAAACUUGAACAUGCUAUGUUCCAGACGGAGACGAGCAUUGCUGCUCACCAUCGUUAUGCAGUUUGCUGAAGAAAAGAUGUCCCAUUUGGAAAAUGCAUCGGCUCACCGUGCACCCAGGUGCUGUUGCCCGCCGUUACUUUUGGAUUGGAAACACCAAAUGUUUUUUGCUGAUGAACAUCUUCUGAUGAAAAUGUGAAUCUAUAAAUUUUGCUCUAAAA